CUUAAUUAAUUUAUGAUAUAAGUCCUUGAUCAGAAUGAUAGAGAAAUCUAUAAAUAUAAAUUGUUACAAGGAGAAAAUAGGUUUGGUAGUGAUCCAAAACAGUGUAAAUAUCUCAUUAGAAAUGUUCAAAGUGUUCUUUUCUGCGUGGUAAAAAUACAUAUUGUAAAUAUUAGGCUUUAAUUGAUAAUGAUGUAUAUUUCACUCAUUUUAGCAAUUCAGAUUAAGUUUUUAAAGAGGCAACUUUAAAAUAGGAUCAAAAAGUUGAGAUUCCAAAAAAUUUUAUAAUUGAGAUGGUCCCCCUCAGAAAUUACUACUUUUAAAACUUUAAGUUCAAAUUAAUUAAUUCGGUUGAUACAAUCAUCCAAAAUAACUAAUGCACAUUACAAACAACAUAAAUCUUAGAAGAUUUUAGUGGUACAAUGGCUUUAGAUGAUAUUUUGGAUGUUCCAUAAUAAUAAUUUUAAGUUCAAGUUUCAACAACUUAACAGAUUUCAACAACUUAAGUACUAAGUUCUUAAGAUCCAUUUGUGAGUUCAACAUUAAUUUUAGAUGAUAUUGAUUAGCCUACAGUAUCAAGUUUAAAUGAAUUUAUAUCACAGUAUUCAGGUUAAUCUUAAAUGGUAAAACAUAAUUCUGUAUCUACUAUUGAUUCUUCAACAUAAACAGAAAGCAUGGAUGUAGAACCUUAAUAAUAAAAAACUCGAACAUUAUUUAGUGAUUUAUUCAAGUCUAAAAAAGAGAUUUCAUUAAUAACAUAGAUGAAUAAUAAAUAAAUAUAAGAGCCUUCUCAAAUAGAUUAAACUAUUCUUGAUUCCUAGAUUGGAAAUAUUAAUAAUAAUAAUAAUAAUCAGAACUCAUAAUUUUAGAAAAAUAAAGUAGAAAUUAAAGGCACAAUGAUUGAUGAAGACUUGGAUAAAGCAUAUUCUUCAUUAUAAAAUAAAAGUAGUGAAAAGUAAGAAUAAUCUUAGUUUAAACGUUUAAAUAGUGUUUAAUCAGAUAAUGUUUAAAUGAAAUAAGAAAAUAAUUAUUCAAAUGUAGAAUUGAAUGAUCUUUUUGGAAGUUUGCCUGAAAUACCAAAUUAAUAAAUUUAACUUUAACCAUAAUAAACAUUAAAAAAGUUCUCUUAAAUUAAGUCAAAUAUAUUCAAUACUAAAUAUGAAGAUACAUAAGAGGAUAAGAAUAAAUCUUUGGAUUAAUUUGAUUAAACACCAAUCAAAAAUAAAAAUAAAAACAAAAAUUAAAAAUAAUAAUCUUCAGAAAUUUGGAAAUAAGGAAAAAAAUAAAGCAAAAGUGAUUUAAAGAAAGGAACCCUUCUCAAAAAAAUAACAGAUGAAAUCUCAGAUGAAACCUCUGAAGAGUCUGUAUAAUAAAAAUAAUAGAUUAGACAUACUAAUUCUAUGGAGUUGCCAGCAACAAAAAUAUUUUAACAAAAUGAGAAUAAUAUGAAAAAAAAAAGGGGAAACAAAAAAACAAUUUAAAAGUAAGACAAAGUUGUACAUUUAAUUUCAUUUAGUGGAUUUUCAUAAAAUGAAAUACCUUAAAAAAAUGAUUUAAAAUAAAUAGGUUUAGAAAUUGUUAAUAAUCAAUUAGAGAAAUUUGAUUUAUUAAUAUUAAAUAAUCCUCCUAAAAGAACUUUUAAAUUUUUAAGUGCUUUGAUGCUUGGAGCUGAAAUAGUAACUUUGGAUUGGUUGACUAAUUCUCUUAAAUAAGGAAAAGUGAUUUAGAAUUUCCAAGAUUAUAUUCCUAAGAGUGAUGAAUUUGUAAAUUCUUUUGGAUUAAGCAUAUAAUAAAUUUUAUAAAGUAGGGAUACUUAUUUUGAAACAAAUGAAAAUAUAGUCAAAAUUUUUAAUGGAAAUUAUUUUGUUAAAGUCGAUGUAACUCCUUCAAAAGCUGAAAUCGAAUAUUUAAUAAAAUUAGGUGGUGGAGAGAUUUUAUAAAGACCUGGUAAAAAUGUAAUAACCAUAAGUGAUACAAAGAUUGGAAAUUCUAUGCCAUCAGAUUAUAUUUUGGAUGGAUGUAUGUUUCAAUCUUGA